AUGGCCGGCUCCAUUGCCUCCCUCGGCUCCCUAACCCCCUCCCUCUCCCCUGCCCCCGACGACGACCUCGACCUCCCCGACGCAGAACACACACAGGACGCCGGCAUGGACGGCAGCUCAGAGCUAUCAGAGCUCACAGAAGACGAGCAGGAGCAGGACCACAAGAAGUCCAGCCCUACCAAACUCAAUGACAACCAAGACGAGGAGGAUGACGAUGAUGAAGACGACGACGACGACGAAGACGGGAACGGCAUACGCCAGUACGGCAGUCGCGCUGCGAAGAAAAAGCGUGGUGGGUUGGUCCCAGCGCCCAUGUGGGGCUGGGCCACAUCCAGGAGCAAGAAGGCCGACUCGCGCAGCGGCCCAGACGCCGAAGAGGAGGAAGAGGAGGAGAUGGCCGGGCCACCCCGCGCCAUGGAGGAGGAGGAGGAAGACGAGGAUGGCGAGUCUGCCCCUCGGAGCCUCAACGGCCACCCCAUCGGCGACGACUAUGACGACUCCCCCUACCCAGACCCCUCCCUUCCAGGGCCCUCUAAGCCAAUCUCCAAGUCCCAUCACAGUUCCAACCGGGACGCAUCCGCCGCCGAUGCCCUCACCCAACUCCGAGCGCCUCGGAAGCAGGCUCCGUUACCGGUAUCCGCCAACGACGAAGAUAUGGACCGGGAAGGCGACGAAACAGAGGACGAAGACGAAGACGACGAAGAAUCCACCUCUAUCAAACGUCCACCAGCCCCUGCGUCGCGGUGGCGACGGCCCUCCAUCCUCCAGCCCAUCCAGCCCGACGGGUCCGACCUCAGCGAAGGGGAUGAUGAAGAUGAAGAUGCCACCUCCACCCGCCGAAAACCGCCAGCCAACGGCAGCGAUGUUGAACUCGACGCUCAAGAUGAUCCAGAAACCGAAGACGAAGACGACAACGCGCCACUGGCUGAAGACCUCGACCCGGACGCAGAGGCUCCAGACGCAGGUCUCAUGGGUGUCGACAGCACUGCGCCACUUGCAUCCUCCAUCGGCCCCAUAGCUGCAGCUGCAGCUGCGACAUCCAUUACUGCAGGUUCAGGAGUUAUCGACCCCCCUUCACCCAGCUCAUCCUCUGCGUCAACGCCCACAUCCUCACGUUCUCCUUCUCCUAUGCAAGAUGACCCUCCUCUCGUGAACGGCAAGGCCAAGAGGAGGGACAAGAAGGUCGGCACAGAGGAAACGCCAACAGGCCCUUUUUCGCGCGGCACAGACGCGAAAGUGCGCGCUGAAGAACCCGAUGCCGUUCAGGAGGACCCAGACGACCUCGACGCAGAUCAGGAUCUUGAUGUGGAGCUUGAAUCCGACUUGCAACCAGCUCAUCGGGCUGAAGCUUUAGAUGUCCUAGCAGCCAUUGAGCUCAAAUUUGCUCUUCUCCGUGAACGGAUAUACGUAGAAAAGAUGGAGGGGUUGGCAUGGGAGGAAGCUCUUGUCAAUGAAGACAUUCACCCAGAACUGCUACAUUUACAAGACGAACUAUCAAAGCGUCGCGAUAAGCGGCUGGCUUUAGCGGCUCGAAGGCGCGACUAUGACGUCAAAAACGUGGUCGCUCACCGAAAGGCCGACGAGAAGGGAGUCUGGAAUUGGUGGACACAUUCCCGCGACGAAUUACAAGUGGAAAUGAUAGCUGAGACCAACAGAAAGCGCAGAAAGCUAGAAAGGGAGAGAAGGGCCUUCGAGAGGCCUCAACCCCUGCGAAAGACACCUAUCUUCAUACGCGAUAUCCCCGAAGGUCCCUCGCUUCGCCAGGCGGCAAACACGCAUCCUCUCGGGCCUCGGUCGUCGAGGAAGCGCGGUUUCUCCUUGGUUGACUUCAGCCCCGCGUCAUUCCCCGACCUUUCUACCCUCUCGGCAAGCGAUAUCUCGGCCGACCUCGAGCUGGCUUAUCAGCACAGGCGCCAGGCGUUUGAUGCCGCCCAACGCAUGCCGGGGCCGUCGAUGAAUGGGGCGGGGAUGAUGCAAAUGCCUUAUGACGGCUAUGCACCAAACGGCAUGCCCCUCAUGGACGGCAUGAUGCCCGGUCCCGGGAUGGGUUUGCCCCCUGAGAUGCGCAUGCGCCAGCCCAUGGACAUGCCUCCCCCCAUGCCCAACCAACCAUCGUCCUUCGCAAUGGGCCAGCCGCCGCUUCGUCAACCUAUGGGGAUGCACGGUAUCCAGUCGCCGUCGGCUUUCGUGCUCGACCGGGAUCCAAUGCACAGCGUAGGCGGACCGCCACUGUCGCACCACCCUCACCAGCAACAGCAGCACUACGGAGGCCCUCCCAACAUGUCUGGCCUGGCAAGUGGCAUGGCGCGUCCCAUGUCUCCGAUUCAAGCUCUUGCAAACGGCCCUGGCAUAGUCGGCCCUGGCGUGAGCGGCGGACCCAGCAAGCCGGGCAGCGACUUUGGCGGCGUCGGACGUGUUCUUAACCUAAGCGGCGCUGAACACCUGCCGCGGCACACAGGUGGGAUGGAUUGGAGCGAAGGCCGCAGACGCGAUCCGGGGCCAAGCAUGAACGGAGAUGAGUUUGCGCGGCCACGUGAUCGUGCUGCUGGGGGUGGCGAGAAGGUCAUUCUUCGCGAACGCGACUAUGCCAUGCGAGACUCUCAGGAGCCGGAUCGUGGGAUGGGGCAGCAACAACGCGAACGUGAACGGGAGCGAGAACGCGAAAGGGAUAGGGAGAGAGAGCGGGAGCGCGUAGCGCAAUCUGGUGGAACGCACAGGCACUCGCAUCCGCAUGCACAUAGUCAUGCGCCUGCGCCUGCGCAUCAUCAUCAUGUGGUAUCGCAUCAUCACCAUAGGCCGCAUCACCACCAUGUCGUGCAUCAUCACCACCCACCUCCUGGUGGACCUGGUGUGCCGAGCGGGAACGCGUCUUCUGGCCCGCCCCCGCCGCCUGGAUAUGCGAAUGGACCUGUUCCUGGAGAAUUCGAACCUGGACAUUCACGCCCCAGUUCCUCGCACAACAUCGAGAUUAUCAAUGUUUCCAAGCCAUCUCCGACUUCUUCCUUGCCACACUGGAAGCGGGACGAGCACGAGGGCCGGGACGCGCGGACUAAGCAGAGCCAUAGCCGACCUCCGUCGACGAACCCAGCGUAUGACGACCGUGAUCGGCCGGCGACGACGCCAUUCGCGAUUCCGCCGUCGCAGCCCUUCGCUGGUGGCCCUGGUGGGCCGUCGCCUGGGCUCUCAGGUCCGGCAAGCUUGUCGCAUGCGCCCUCGCCGCGCAAUGCGUGGUUAAAUAGCCAAGAUGAGCCUGGUGCGCGUGGUGCACCUCCCCUGUCCGAGGCCGACCGCUUUGCCUCUCCGGUACCUCAUCGCUACAGCGGUGGUGGUGGCCUUGGGCAACCACCGUCUUCUCGGCCCGCUCAGCCUUCCGCCCUCUCGCGGCCCAGCUCUAUUGGCCAAUCUCCACCUCGGAACAGAAACCUUCCGGGGCCCCCAAGCCCUUCGUCGCCCAUGCCAUACCCGCCUCCAUCGGGCGGUGCGGGCGUUCAUUCGCCCUCGAGGUUGUCCUCUGCGACGAUGCUGAGUCACUCAGACGCGCCAUCGACUUCAGGGUCUUCGUCUGCAACGGUUAUCGGCGGCCCAGCCCACCCCCUUCCGCUCGCAGGCACUGGCUCGACCAGCCCGCAUAUGAAGCCCCGCCGGCCUGGGUCCCCCGUACUACACUCAUCAACAUCUUCGGUAAAGCAGACGGGACCUUCGGCCCCGCUCGCUGGGCCGGGCCAGAUGCCACCUCCGCUGGUUAUCGACAGGGACAGAGAUAGGGACAGAGACAGAGACGGACGCGACAGCAGGGACCGUGCAGGCUCCGGCACCGAGCCCACGCACUCCUCAAGCACCACCACCACCACCACCACCACCACCGCACCGCGCACUGCGUCACCCUUGCUCCCGUUCGUGAACGGACCCGGCUCACGGCCGGGCCCGUCGCUGCACAAUCCUGUCAAGGUGAACGCGAUCCAGAUGAUGGACGGUCCUUAGCACGCUCCUCGCUCCUCGUUUCUCUCCGUUCUCCAUUCUCUGCUUCCCCGCUAUCCACUUCCACUCAUACUUACG